AUUAGUGCCUAUCUCUUCAACAAAAUAGUGUGUACGCGUUACACAGCAUUUAAAAAAAAAAACCACUGGAAAUGACACACAAUGGACCGUUUCUAAGAAAAAGAGUUAGAGCAGUGUGUACACGUUAGUUCUAAGAGCCCAUUAGUCGGCUUCAAUGUGCGAUUAAAUCAAUAACAUAAUUCACAAAUAUUGUUUAAUUAGCAUGUAGUCUAUGCCCAUUAAAGAUUUGUAAAUAAUACAAAUCUAGAAAGAUCUAGUUUCUAAAUAGACACUGCCAUUAAGAAUCAGAAUCAGACCUCUUACAAGACACUUGAAUGGGGUUCAAGAUACCGUUCACGUAGACUGGAGGUGGUCUGAAAGGCAAGGGAAGCAAUGUUAUGUCCAAUCGCUAUCGUCUGCAGUGUCUUGCUGUUGUCUCUCGAUCAUGUCCGGAGUGAGGAAUUAUGCCCCCCGGCCUUGGAAGGUUCACAAUAUAACCUGUCCUGUACCGGGUCGGCGCUGGGAUAUAGACUUAAUGCACAUAGUUUUAUUUAUUGGAUUGAAAAAAACUCUUCAGGCGGAGGAGAUAGAGAAAUCACGUUGUGCUCAUUGAGAGAGGCAUGUGAUAACAAUUACAGAAGCGAGUUCUCUGUUACCAACAGGAUUUCGGGACAGUCGUUCACCAGUCUGCUCACGUUCCACAAAGUCACAGACAAACAUCGCAACAAGACCCUGGUCUGCAAACUGUUUACCUCUAACACAACUGUUCGGUCUUGCAAGAUGGCGGUGUUUCAACCUGGGACUAAUACCGGUUGCACCGCAAAUUUGAACAACGACGGGAAAAUUAAUUUGCGUUGUUUCAGCCACGAUGUGUACCCUGGCAUUUCCUGCCAGUACUCUGAAUAUAUUAACUCUUUGCCUUCCAGGCUCAACCAAACAAUGUCCAAAAGCAGUCAAAAAAUGAACGGUAAGAACCUGUAUUUCAGUGAAUGUGAGACGAGCUUGUUCCCUUUGGUAAAGGGAAACUAUGAAUACCGCUUCCUCGUUGUGCCUGAUUAUCAGAUACAAGGACUAUGGAAUUUUACCAGCAAGAAUUCUGUAAAAGUCGCAAAGUCUCCGAAAGUCGACAUUGAUCAAGUUGAGACGUCCCUCUGUCCCGGCGUUUCUUCUGUUCGUGUCGUUUGCUCUGUAGACGAUUGGUUCGGCACCAAACCAUUAUUCCGAUUUAGCCUUCUCGGCAAAACCCUAAACAGCGAAGAGACGUCUCAAAAUGGUUACAAAUACAAAAUGACCUACGAUGUUCCAAUCAAGGAAGGUAAUUUCAAAGCUCUGAUGAACUGCACCGUAGGCUAUAACGACAGCGGCGGUGCGUUCCGAUGGAUCUGGGACACGAAACAUUUGAAUUUUUAUUACCCUCCCAAGCCACCGGUCUUCACCAAUACCGCACUGCCCACAUUAAGCCAAAUUCUGGACAUUACUCAAGGUCAGAAUAUGACGAUUGAGUGCCAGGCUUUGGAUGGCUUUCCGAAAGUCUCGUUCAUAAAUGUCACCUGCAUGAGCAAAGGGAGAGUAAUCUACACGAAUGUCACAAACUCUAAUCGUCUGCCCGUCGUCGUUUACGGAAACGACACUUACAACGGCGCCUUUUGCGUAUGCCAAGCGAAGCACAAAACGGAUUGCUACAACGGAACAGGGGGGAUAAUCUUUCGUGUUCGCCAGCUUGGGCAGAAGCGUGACGGACACAGCAGCGACACCUGGAAUAAAAUGACGCCAGUCUACUACAUCAUCAUCGCCGUCCUGAUUUUGAUCUUCCUUCCCAUCAUCCUAGGGACCUGUGUAUUCAUCCGCAAACAUGGCGCUAAGCUGUACGAUUACUACUACGGGCUGUACAGACGUCACACGCCUGUCAACGGUAACAGAGGCUCCACGAGGCUGACACCGCGAGCUGCUCCUCCGCUCCCCCCACCUCGUGUCCCUCCACGACCCAGCGGGUAUUUGUUACCCAAUAAUGACGAAGCUGGGAGUCAUCCAGUUGACGUACGGAGUCGGACGCCUUCGAAUGAGGAAGGGUGGAUGAAGGAUAACGACCCCGUCUACUUACAAAGCCCCGAGGUGCCGCCCAGGGCGCAACAGAAGAGAUUGAAAAGGCGAAAGAGAAGGAGAAAAGUCCACGCCACACCGUCAGAUACUUCCGCUGACUAUCUAAUUCCAUUUCCUCGUCGUUUGGAAGCUACAGUAAGUGAUCCGACUGAGGCUGACAAAUCUUUAACACAAGCCAACAACAGUGAUUAUUUAUCUAUGAAUUGUAUGAAUGAAAAUUUCGGUGAAGCCUCGUUGGGAUUUGCUCCGUUGGCGCCUCUGCCCAUGAAUAACACAAAGAGGCACCCAAGCGAGAAUACGGAAAUUGAAAACACUGGUACCAACAGUGUGACGUGUGAAGCAGGGUAUAUUAAGCUGGAUGGGAAAGGCAAGAAACGCAGGAAGACUGGACAGGAAGCGUCUGCCGGGGCGGCUGGUGGCGUCUGCGAAGACCUCGGCCAACAGGCGUCAGAGUCAGUGUGGGUAGACACAAGUAUGAGCGAUGUAGAGUUGGAUUUCAACGGUGAGUCAGAUGGCAGUGACCAAUCGGGUUCCAGGAAAGAUUUCCUUCUGCCUCAAGAUGGUGGGUACGUUUCUUCCGAGCCAAACAAUAACAGGGUUUUAGGGCCGUCGUCUCUUAUGCUCAGAGCUGUCAGAGAACAAAAUGUUUAUGUAGAAAGCUCCAUUUAUUAACUAUUUAUUCCAUAUUAAGAUUCAGAACUCACCCAUUUCUAAAAGCCAUACUUUUGUGUCGCUUAUUUCAGCGGGUAUAAGGCUAUCUAUAGCCAUAUGCAAACCAUAGCGGAAUAGCACUCGACUAAUAUAAAUUAUUUCAUGAAAACGAUUUUUUUGUUCAAUCCUUAGUCUAAAUACUAGCUUCGGUUUGAUUGAUUAGGAAUGGUAAAUGCUAAAAGCCCAGCAACCAUGGACCUUACAAACCAAGUUUGUAUGUGAGAGUAUCUGCUGAAAUGAAAUUCAAACCACGGUUUUAGUCCACUCGAAAAUCAAGCUGUAACCACGAUGAACAAGAAGGAAUCCUCAAAAAUCGGAAUAUUUGAAAUUUUAUUGUGACAUUUUGUUUUAGAACAUCAAUUGCAUCCCGCACAAACACUUAGUUGUAAUGAUCGACAUCUUGAUGCAAUGUGACAUACUAUUCAUAUUCUGUUGUACCAUGAAUAAGUUGAAUUGUUAUUGCUAUGUAAGACAGGCUUGCUCAGGAGUUGAUACCUCUAUAAUUUAUUGGUAUAUUUCUAUAUGUUCUUAUGAAAGUAGUGGAUACUUAGCGGGCGAUGACAGUGGAUGCGCAAGGAGUUAUCAGUAUUGUAGUGUGAUUCGUUUUGUCGUUGGGGGUGUUUUUGGGGAGAUUUUAAUACUAACAAAUGUUGGCCUCGUUCAGCCAUAGAACGUUCAGCCAUAGAACGUUCAGCCAUAGAACGACUACCGGCUCGUAGAGCAAGGAGAUGAAUGCCUGGGCAGUAGCUAUGUUCGGAACGAUGUCACCCACACAUUUCAGGACGGCUGCCUGGUCGUGCUGUUUGCGCGCUGGACCGUCGUUCAGAUGUAUCGAUGGUCCCGGGUUCAAACCCUGCCCGCUCCCAUCCCCCGUCGUCCUGUGGGAGGUUUGGACUAGGCAGCAAUUAUCUUCAACUCUGGAGGAACAUCCGAAACAUGUAAGGCAUUUUACAAACAUUAGUCCCCCCCCCCCCCAAUGUUUCCAAAGGAAAGACAGGUACCCGAUACAAUUUGGGAUCUGGGAUCGAUAGCGUCGCAGGUUCUGCCAGGGUGUAGCGCUGUGUGCUUCAAGCUGCCUGGCAGGGGAUCACGCGCUCAUGAUUUUUUUUUCUUCAGGGUUGACUUCCGCUAAAAGUGUAUCACAGUAAUCUUCUCUUUGUUUACACUCUAAUUUGUAAGAGAAAAAGUAAUGAAAAAAAAAGGUGUCCUUAAAAAUCCAAACAUUCAAAAUCACAUUCAGCAUCGAAAUUCAAACCCGAGACCUAUUGGCACUGAGGCCAAGCGCCUUGCCACGCAGCCACCACUCCCCAUAGAUUGAGCCACAUGUAUGAAAAUCUCCAAUUUGUUUCGUUUUUUGUUUCCGAUGAUGUUUCCGAUGAUGUUUCCGGUGAUGUUUCCGGUGAUGUUUCCGGUCAUGUGAUAUCUUUUAUUUUUUGAACUAAUUUAUAUUAAAUUUUUCAAAUGAA